AUGGGUGGUAAAGAAGCGUGUUUGAAGCGGGUGCUUUCCGGUGGUCAGGAAGAUGGUGGUGAUGGCGCUGAGGAAGGGAUAUCAUACAAGAAGCACAGUAACGGGAGGAAGGGCGUAGCGCCGGUGAAGGCGGAGUUUGUUGUUCUGGAUGUGCGGGAAGGGGGCAGCGUUGCUGGAGGCGGUUUGGAUAUCGAGGAGGAGUUUGGUCCUGAGAGGAUACAGACGGAUGCGUCCGGCAGUGGGAAUGGUGAUGGUGGUAGCGCGCGGAAGAAGAACAAGAAGCGUGGGCAGAAUAAGAAUCGGGAUAACCGGCAAGCCAAGGAGGAGCACCAAUUGUGUUCGCGGUUGGUCAGAGGUGCUGCAGAUGACAAUGUGUGUCCGUACGGAAGUCAAUGCCGCUAUAUCCACGAUGUACGUGAGUAUUUGAGUCUCAAGGCUGAGGAAAUUGUGUGCGAGCAGUUCAAGGUCUGUCCUGUGUUUGAAUCUCUGGGGUAUUGCCCCAUGGGGUUUAAGUGCAGGUUUUUGUCUACACACUGUGAUAUGGAUGCCCUGGUAUUGGUUGAGAAGCCUGACGAGGAGCGGAAGGUACUGUGGGACGCCAACCACGAGAUCAACCAGAUUGCCGGUGAUAAGAAGCUCGAUUUGGUGAAGAGGAGGUUCCCCUUUGACAAGAGUGAAUUUGUGUUGGAGAUAAUUGACGCAAUCCAGCAGGAGUUUAGAGAUGCGAUGAAGGAACCAGGUGCUAAAGAGCAGAGUGGUGAGGUGAGAGAGAUCACACCUGUGGAUGGAGUUCCGCAAGUCGAACAACGUGAAAAGAAGUUGGAGGCCAAGAGACAUCGGCAGAAAAAACUGUAUAACCAGUACCACGAGACUCGUUUCUUUGCGCAGGAAAAGAAACCGUUAGAUUUACACCACAAGAGGAUUUUAUCGCCACUUACCACUGUUGGAAAUCUGCCAUUUCGCCGGUUAAUGCGCAAGCUUGGCGCCGACGUAACCUACAGCGAAAUGGCCUUAGCGGUGCCCCUAAUACAGGGCACCAACUCUGAAUGGGCGUUGCCACGGGCACAUUGUUCCGAGUCUGAUGGGUUUGGUGUACAGAUAGCAGCAUCGAAGCCAUGGCAGGCGGCUAAAGCCGCCGAGGUACUGGCAACACAUGUUGGGUCUGGCAUCAGUGAGAUAAACUUAAACAGUGGGUGUCCAAUUGACCUGCUGUACAGACAGGGCAGCGGCAGUGCUCUGCUGGACAAUCCUGCCAGGAUGAUACGCUGUCUCAACGCUAUGAACUACGUUUCCAAUGACAUCCCUGUCUCAGUGAAGUUACGUACGGGCACCAAGGACGACCAUCCUAUUGUACAGGGACUCAGCAAGAGACUAGUUAUGGAAACAGAUGUUGCUGCAAUCACUCUACAUGGAAGGAACAGACAGCAGAGAUAUACUCGGUCGGCUGACUGGGACUAUGUUGGCGAAGUUGCUAACUCGCUCAGACAGUAUGAAGCAGAGCGUACCGAAAAACUGAAGGAGAGCCGUGAGAGCAAAUUGCGGAUUCAAUUCGUUGGCAACGGCGACUGCAACAAUUGGGAGGACUGGUAUAAGCACUUGAACAACAAAAAUAUCGACAGCGUCAUGGUAGCGAGAGGUGCACUCAUCAAACCGUGGAUAUUUGAGGAGAUAGAUGGCCAGCAAUAUCUGGAUAAAAGCAGCUCGGAGCGUCUAGAUAUUCUGAAAGACUAUGCAAAGUUUGCCAUGGACCACUGGGGUACCGAUGAGUACGGCAUAUCUCAAUGCCGCCGGUUCUUCUGUGAGUUCAUGUCCUUUUUCCACCGCUAUGUGCCCAUGGGCAUUUGUGAACGUUACCCCAUCCAACUUAACGAAAGACCCCCCAACUGGCGUGGCCGUGACGAUCUAGAAACCUGGCUAGGCAGCACCGGCGUCAGCGAUUGGAUCAAACUGUCCGACCUCUUUUUCGGUAAGGCCAACGACAAAUUCGUCUUCCAGCCCAAGCACAAGAGCAAUUCGACAUGA